CCCUCCAAACGCACUCGGCACGAAACCAGGGGCUUGCUCGAGAAGGCCAGAGUGCGCGCUAUGUCGCUUGUCCGCGGCUGGUCAGCAGGGCGGCUCCUGCGGGCUAAGCUGGCCGAGCCGAGAGGCACGUGCCGCCAUCACUGCCGGGGUCCCAGCAUGGCGAUGCCGCUGCCCAGCAGCCCAGGGCCGUCAGCAGAGGAGCUGCCUUCACCAACAGUGCCCGCACGCAAGCCAACAGGGCACGUUUGUGGCACGUCAUGCCACGGUGUGGAACUUCUGCUCAACGACGACAUCGUCGUCGCUGUCGGCCUCGUCGCAGCAACCCGCCGCCCCACUGCGGAGGAAGAGCAGUCUCUCUCUCCUCUUGUGCUGCGCGCCGCGCCGCUGCGGUGGAGAACAAAACGCUCCUCCCCGCCGCGCGGCGGGGGGGGGCCGCGCGCGCACGGAGCGGCCGCCGGCCGGGCGCCUCUCAGAAGCCGUUGCGCCCCCACACCACCAGCGCGAUGGACAUGGUCACCGUCGAGCAAUGAAGACCCAGAUGAGGCCAGGGUUCUCCAGCACGGGCAUGGCCACGGAGACGGAGCUCGCUGGGGGAGCCAAGAGAUGCCGAUGCCGAUGCUCCCCAGACCUCUCGGGGCGCGCUCCGACUGGGAUUUCGGGGCGAAUUUGACAGUGGCGACGAGGGCCUCCCAAGA